AAGAAGAGAAUAUUGUUGCUUAAAUUCCGAUAUUCGUAUUCAAGUACAUAAAGAGACUAUUUUUCUAACGAUUAAACGAUACAAAAGACUCUUAAAAGAUCACACGAAUAGUAAUUCCUUACCACAAUCAUGCCUGGACAUUUGCAUUCUCUGCUUUGUGUUGGAUUAUUCUGCUUAAGUUUAUGCCGAGCAGAAUACACCCAUCCCCGACUGCCGCGAGCGCUGAAACCCUUGAGCUACAAUCUAAAGAUUGUCAGCCAUUUGCAUGGGCCCAAAAAGUUCACCUUCGAAGGCGAAGUGCACAUUCAAAUGGUCACCCGAUUCGAGACAGAUAAUGUAACCCUACAUGCUGGAAACAUUACGAUCCAUGAGUCCCAAAAUAAAUUAAUUGCUCUGGAUGGCAACGAUACGGCAUUUGAGUUGGAUGGAACUGGCGAAGUGCCAGAGUUGCAAUAUUACAUGUUAUUUCUGACUGCGAAGCUUGUGCCCGAUGUGGUCUACGAGCUGAGAUUGGCCUUUUCAGGGGAUAUAAUUGAGGGCGGAGAUGGCUACUAUUGGAACAAGUACCAGGACAGAGAGAAUGAUACCAGAUAUCUGACGGCCACUCAGUUCCAGCCAACACUCGCACGGGAUGUGUUUCCCUGCUUCGAUGAGCCCCAGCUUAAAGCGAACUUUACCAUCACAUUGGGCCACGACAAGGCCUAUCAUUCGCUCAGCAAUAUGCCAGUUAAACAAAUAACUCCUCACCCCGAGCUUCACAAAUACGUUUGGACGGAGUUUCAGGAGUCCGUUCCCAUGCCCACCUAUCUGGUGGCCUUCUCCGUGAACGACUUUGAUCAUACAACGACCGUGAAGUCAGACAGCGGAUUCGAGUUCCGUUCCUGGGCGCGCCACGAUAGAAACUCCACGACUCUGCGUGCCAUGGUCUAUGGCAAUGUCAUUGGCUUCAAGGUACUGCAGAUUCUGGAGAAAUUAUUCGGCAUCAACUACGCAUUGCCAAAGAUGGAUCAGAUGGCCGUGCCCAACUACGCGGGAGCGAUGGAACACUGGGGCCUGGUCACCUACCAAGAAUCGAGAAUCUUCAGCACAGCCGAGACGACAGUGUCGGAGCGGCAUGCAAUUGCAGAGAUGGUGGCCCAUGAGAUGGCACAUCAGUGGUUCGGCAAUCUGGUCACGGCCAAAUGGUGGUCGGAUGUCUGGCUGAACGAGGGCUUUGCCUCGUACAUUGGCUGCUAUGCCCUGCAGGAACUAAUGCCUGCCCAUGAGCCUUGCGAGCACACGAUCGUCGCGAGUCUGAACACGAUCUUCAGUACGGAUGCAAACAACAACUCCCGGAGUUUCGCGCGAUCCGUUAUGGAUGGCGAGGAGAUCAGCGCCACCUUCGAUGAGUUCUCCUAUGGUAAAGGUGGCAUUGUCCUGCGAAUGUUGCACCACUUCCUGGGCACCGACACAUUCAAGGCGGGCAUGCGUGACUAUCUGCAGCGGUUCGCCUAUGGCAAUGCUGGCAGGAAGGAUCUUUGGGCAGCCUUCACUCGGGUGGCGGAAGAAAAUAAAAACCUGCCGGACAACUUUAGUGUGGCGACCAUUAUGAACACGUGGACAAGGCAGCCGGGCUAUCCGCUGAUCAAUGUUACCCGGAACUACAAUGAUGGCACAGCGAAUGUAACGCAGCAGCGCUUCCUGCAGGAUCAGCAGGAGGAUACGCGGCAGGACUGCUGGUGGAUACCACUCUCCUUCACAACAUCCAAGCGUUUGGAUUUCAUGGACACAGUACCUCGACAUUGGUUUCAGUGUCCCAGUGAAUCAGAUUCCGUGAAGGAUACGAAUACGGAUUCCGAUGUCUUGAAUAUUCCAUUGCAAAUCUCCGACAAGCAGUGGGCCAUUUUCAAUCUGCGCAUUUCUGGCCUCUAUAAAGUCAACUACGACAGGCAUAACUGGGAGCUUAUCGUUGACACCUUGAACAGCGAACACUACAAUAAAAUUCACGCCCUGAACCGAGGACAGCUGCUGGAUGAUUCCCUCAAUCUGGCCUGGGUCGGGUACAUCGGAUACGAUGUGGCGCUGCCGCUGGUGAAGUAUCUGAGACGGGAGUUGGAGUAUUCGCCCUGGCUGAUGGCCAUGUCCAAUCUGCAGAAACUGACUCACAUCAUGAGGCGCACAGUUCACUAUCCCAGCUUCAGGGGUCUUGCACAGCUGAUAACAACGCCCAUCUACAAGCAUCUGGGUGGACUGAAAGACAAGAAGGGCCUGAUGCUUAAACAGAAAAUGCUGAAGACGCAACUCGUUGCUUGGGCAUGUGCCAACAGGGUGGAUCGCUGCAUAAAGGAUGCCAUAGAUUUAUUUCUUCGCUGGCGGUCAGUCAACGAUCCGGAGAAACACAAUCCCAUACCGCUGGACAUGCGCUCUACCGUCUACUGUACGGCCAUUGCCGAGGGCGAUGAAAUCAAUUGGUACUUCCUGUGGCGGCGCUACAGCAGCCCCACCGAUCACCAUAGCCGUGGCAUGCUCCUGAGCGCCUUGGCCUGCACACAAAGACCGUGGGUGGCGCUCAAGUUCUUGGAUUUCAUUAUGCGCCCAAAUGGCGUAAUGCCCGAUGAAGAUGUUAGUGCUGCAGUGGAGGCGAUGACCAAUCAGGAUGUGGGUUUUCACAUAGCCAAAGCAUAUCUGAUGGAACGUUUCGCAGGCAAACUUCCGAAAAGCCGCAAAACCAUUAUUAAUUUUACACAUCUGCUGAUUGCCGUGACCCGUAACAUCCACACCAAGAGCGAAGCGCAAAGCUUGGCCAUCCUCAUUAGGAAUCACAUGCCAGAAAUCCAGUCGGAGGAACUGGUGUAUAAGCUACGCCAGGCGGUAAGCAGCAUGGUGGGCAACGUUAAAUGGCGAGCACGGAAUGCCAAGAAGGCGGCCAGUGUUCUGAGGAAGGUUAUGAGGCUUCAGGAGGCAGAGGAGGGGAUAAGAGUGGAUAAGUAUGGGGGUUAGAAAUAUGAAGAUACGAGAUACUGCAUAUACCAUAUGUAGAUGUUUGUAUAUUUCGUAUAUUUAGUUAAGCUAGAACAUGCUAAUUCAUAAUAAACAUAAAUAGAAUUGGAGUUCAACAUCGUCCCUUCCAAUAUAAUCAUACAUACAUACAUAUCUCCCUGUUGUGUGGUGUGUGUGUGUGUUAAUGUACAUUACAUAAUUAUUUGCUUUGUAAAUGUUAAUAUCACUAUAGCAGCGCUCUUGAAAAACAAGGAAAAAAAGUAACUAAAAAGGAACGGAAUAAAAUUGAGAGUAAAACUAGCGAAUUUUAUGAAUUAGAAUGCAAAUGGAGAAACUAAAUCUAAAUACUAAACAUAUUGCAUAAGUAGUAUGUGUGUGGGUGUGGUGAGAGAGUGUGUGUGCUAUUAUUAUUAUUUCGUAUUUAUUAUAAUAAUUAUUAAAACUAUUUGUCAAUGUUACAUUACACUCGUUUAUGUUAUGUGGUUUUUGUGUGAUGAAGUUCUCCUGUUCUCCUUUGUCAUAUGAAAACACUUUUAUAAACUAUGCACUGAACAUUUUAUAACAAUUCUCAGUUGUUCCAUCUUGAUGCCGUUUCUCUCCGUUCUAUCAGAUCUGAUCUGAUCUUGUCUGUUCCAUACUUUCUUUAAUUCGAAUCAAUUAUAUUCCGCCUGCUUGCUGCGUGUUCCUAUGGAUAGUCAUGCGUUUAACAACUAUUCAACACUUCGUAUAUGUAUAAUUCGUGAAUAUUGUGUACACACAUAUGUAUCCACUUAAAUAUAUGCAUAUGUAUGUAUAGCUCAUUGUUUACAAUAAACCAUUCCAUUCCAUUUACUAGAUGUAUGUAUACUUGAUGCUGUAAUUAUUACAGAUUGAUUUGCUGCCACUGCUACUGCUUUCAGUCUCCCUUCAACUGGA